CAAGAGUGGUUCGACACAACAGUGCCAGUACCACUCAGUGACUUAGGUUAUAGGGUUUGGUUGGUUGGUCGUCUUCAAGCUUUGAUAGUUUGGUUGUGGUAUUUCAAUGGGGAAUGAGAAAUUCACUUGGGUGAUUAAGAAUUUCUGUUCUUUGCAAUCUGAGUCCAUUAAUUCUGAUGUAUUCGUGAUCGGUGGCUGCAAAUGGUAUCUUGCGGCUUAUCCCAAAGGAAAAUAUAAGGCUGAUUAUUUGUUUCUAUUUCUGGUGGUAGCUGAUUUUAAAACUUUGCCAUAUGGAUGGAAAAGACACAUAAGAUAUCGCCUAACUUUCGUAAAUCAAAUCUCCUAUGGACUCUCCCUACUAGGAGGAAAAGAAGAAUGGAUAGGUAAAUACCGUCCUCUCUGCGGGUAUCAAAAAAUGAUUCUUCUUACCAAACUUAAUGACAAAAAGGGUGGAUUUCUUGUGAACAAUGAAGUCAAGAUUGUUGUGGAGGUAGAUGUUCUUCAAGUGAUUGGCAAAUUAGAUGUUUCUGAGGAAUCUCAAGAGGUAACUCAACCUCUGAAAAGGAUAAAACUAAAUGGUGAUGGUGUGGUAACUUCAUCAGUAGAUGUCAAUGGGUUUCAAGUUCUUCCUUCAGAGGCGGAAUCUGUGAAACGCAUAUUCGAAAAACACCCAGAAAUGGCACUAAAGUUCCGGGCAAAGAACCAACAUCUGAGGACAUCAUGCAUAAAUGUCGUCCUCAGCCUAAUCAAAACGUUGUGUCAAUCACUGCAAGACAUUUCCAUUGAUGACAUGGGACAAGCAGAGCAAGCACUAACAUAUCUGAAUAAUUCGGGCUUUAAGGUGGAUUGGUUGGAGGGUAAACUGGAGGAAGUAAAGGAAAAGAAGAUGGAAGAGCUGUUUGGUAAGACUCGGAUGCAAGAAUUAGAGGAAGAACUCAAGGUCUUUAAAAGAAAGUGCUCUGACAUAGAAGCUAUACUGGAGAAAGAGAAAGAAGAACUCAAGGACUUGAAGCAAAAAUGCUCAGACACAGAAGCUCUACUUGAGAAAGAGAAGACAAAGGUGUUGGCCGCCGCCAGAGCUCCUCCUCUAACGUUGGAUGAUGUUGUCUGAUGACGUAGGGUCUGCUAGGUGUUAUGUUCGUUUGAGUCUAGGCUUCAGAAUUAACAUAGGAAGCUAGAGAAACUUCUGUCUACUGGAAGCUCCUAUAUUUUGUAAAGAGCUAAUCUUUUUGUUAAAAGGACUCGCUAGGACUAGGAUUUUGUUAGUUGUCUCUUUCGUGACUAUGUAACUGUAUUAUCGCUGGCAAAGGUGAACCUACUAAGUGUACUUUUCAGUAUUCAGCUAUAAUCUUAGCUUAUUAUGCAAAUCAAAGUUAAAUUUUGUCUUAAA